UUCCUGCAGAGGAUUCGCUCAUUCAGUCGGCGUCAGCAGCCUUUUGCGAUCGUGUCGAGUUCGAUUUCCCUCGCCUGACGUCAGAUACCAGUUCCUUGGUCUGUGGUAUGUCAUCGAACAGUUCGACACGAGUUCGACCUGCCUGACGCUGAACUACAGCCGGGUGUCAACCACGCAGCUGAAAGUCACCAAGUCCCGACAGCUGUACUUGCUCGACAGCCUCAACAUCGACCACACCAACGACUACACUGGAACGCUCGACAUCCCCGACGGAGAGAAUGCUGGCAAGAUGCGCGUCAAGUGGCCUCUCAACGUGGCAGGCAAGGGUGAUUAUGUUGUGUAUGACACCGAUUACGACACGUAUGCUGCCAUUUAUGAGUGCCAGCAGCUUAGUUCCCUUAUGCACCGCAAGUCAGCGUCCAUCCUGUCUCGCACUCCCGCGCUGGACCAAACCUUUGUCAACAGGACGAAGCGUCGACUCAAUUCCUUCAACAUCGAUACUGAGGAUUUCGACGUCGUAGACCACAACUCUUGCACCAGACGGUCUGAAACGGAUCUCAGUAUCAAGAUCGACGAAGACACGUUCAAGAAGAUCAUGUCUGGGGCUUCAGAAGGCAUCAAGAACGUGGCUUCAACGCUGACGACCUUCUUCCAGGUGGCUGACGGCGCGAGCAACUUGGCUGACACCGUAGUGGACGUCACGAGGCGCCUCGGGGCCUCAGACGGACGGGACGGACGCCAACGCGGCCAUCCAAGUCGAUCCCGACGUCGAACUCGUGUCCUAAGGGGGAAUUGGGGGGAUGGGAGGGGGCGACGGUGGGGAGAAGGAAUGGGGGAAUAGGAGGAGGAGGAGGAGGAAAUGGCGAGAGGGAGAAACAUGUGAGGGAAUAAAGAAGGACGUGUAGGAGGUGGAAAGAGAAGGGGAAGAUGGAGAGUGUGGUUGUCAAGAAGUAGAAGAAGGGGGAGGAGGAUAAACGGCGAUGAAAGGCGAGGAGAAGGAGAUGCUAUGUUUAGAUUCUGUUUUAAGGAGAAAGACUGAAAUCGUGGCUUAAAGAGUAGACGAGGCGAGAGGAGAGGUUGAAGAAGCCUGGACACACAAUAAUGUAUCCACCAAAAUGACCUAUGUUAACCUCAUUGUAUACUGUAGGUUUGUGUCGUAGUUCUGUUACCUUUGUUAUGUUAGUACCUGUAAUUUCCGACACUGAAGUCUUGGUAAAACACACAUUAGAAAUUUAGUAACAUCUAGCAAUAGUUAUAUUUUAUACUGGAUUUCAUAUUUUACUAUAGGAAACUGGCUGGCCAGAAUUUUACCGAGAUGGAGUCAAUACUUUUGCUAUACUAUUGUUUCCUUGUAAUAAAGUUCAAAAUAAA